AUGUUGGUCGCCAAGGGCUUGGGGUUCUUCUCCCUCCUCUCUGCGGUGCUGGGAUCUCCGCGCACUUCUCCUCGCGAUCAGCACCCCCAAUCCCGCUCCGUGAAUGCCACAACUGAGUAUGAUUAUAUCGUUGUCGGCUCCGGGGCGGGUGGUGGUCCCCUGGCUGCUCGCCUGGCUCGGGGAGGAUACAAGGUCCUUCUCCUGGACGCCGGUGAUGAUCAGGGUAACUCUCUGCAGCAGAUGGUUCCAGCCCUUCAGUUACAAUCGACCGAGUAUAGUCCCCAGAGCUGGAACUUCUACAUCAACCACUACACCAACCUCACCCGCCAAGAGGAGGACUCCAAAAUGACUUACCGUACUCCGGCCGGGAACCUGCAUAGGGGUCCUAAUCCUCCCACAGGCUCUGAGCCACUGGGUAUUCUGUACCCGCGUGCAGGUACAUUGGGUGGAUGUACCGCUCACAAUGCUAUGGUCACGGUCUAUCCGUACGAAAGCGACUGGGACAACCUCGCUGCUCUCACCGGAAACGACUCGUGGGCGGCCGAUAAGAUGCGCGACUACUUCCGCCGUCUCGAGGUCAACCGCUACACCCCGGGCGACGUCGUCAGCCACGGCUAUAGUGGUUGGCUCCAGACCUCCCUCACCCCGCUAAACCUCAUCCUAGACGACAUGAAGCUGCUCUCACUCGUCAUCGCUGCUGGUACUGCCGCUGGCAAGAACCUGGCGGGCAAGGUGAUUAACACCGUGACUGGUCUGGCGGAAAUCCUCAUACGCGACGCCAACAGCGGCACGCGUAACAGGACCGAGGAUCUCUACCAGCUCCCUAUCGCGGUGAAAGUGCCCGACUACAAACGUUCCGGAUCGCGCGACUUCCUCCUUGAGACUGUGGCUGAGACCGAUAAUGAUGGCAACCGCAGGUACCACCUCGAUAUCCAGCUCACCACUCUUGUCACCAAUGUAGUCUUAGACAGCUCCGGCCCCCGUCCCCGCGCCAUUGGCGUUGACUACAUGAAGGGCAAGAGUCUAUAUCGUGCGGACCCGCGGUCGGACAGUGCAUCCCCCGGCGUGCCUGGAAGCGUGUACGCAGCCAAGGAAGUCAUCCUCUCUGGAGGCUCCUUCAACACCCCACAACUACUCAAGCUCAGCGGCAUCGGUUCCAAAGCUGAACUAGAUAAAUGGAAUAUCUCUACACUCGUUGACCUCCCUGGUGUCGGAACAAACCUGCAGGACCGCUAUGAAACCAGCGUCAUUGGCAAGUUCCCCACAGACUUCUCCCUUAUAUCCCAGUGUACCUUUCUUGGAGCCCUCCCUGACCCGUGCUAUGAGAAGUGGAAAUAUGAAAUCCUUGAUAAGGGCGCCUAUAUGUCUAAUAACAUCCCCGUUGCUAUUAUCAGGCAGUCCUCUGUGGCUGAAAAUAAUGAACCUGAUCUGCUUAUCUCUGGUGCUCCUGCUAACUUCCAGGGCUACUUCUCUGGUUACUCAAGUAGCUCCUGGAACGAUGCGCGGCACUGGUCCUGGGUCACACUCAAGUCCCGCUCGCGCAAUAAUGCAGGGACCGUCCAGCUCCGCUCCACUGAUCCCCGCGACACCCCAAUCAUCAACUUCCACUCCUUUGAUGAUGGUGUCACUGCUAAUGAUGCAGACCAGAAGGAUCUCCAGGCUGUCUAUGAGGCGAUGGAGUUCUCCCGGUCCAUCUUUAAAAACCUUGUUCCCCUGCAAGGUGGAUUCGAGGAGACCUGGCCCGGUCCCAACGUCACCACUGAGGCGGAGAUUAAGGAUUUCAUCAAGCGUGAGGCUUGGGGUCACCAUGCCUGCUGUACGGCUCCGAUUGGCGCAGAUGAUGAUCCGAUGGCGGUGUUGGAUGGCGACUUCCGUGUGCGCGGAGUUGAUGGACUUCGGGUUGUCGAUGCCAGCGUCUUCCCCAGGAUUCCGGGAUAUUACCUUGCCUUGCCGACUUACAUGAUCAGCGAGAAGGCGGCAGAUCUCGACCAAAAGGUCCCCGAAUUUGAAAAGUUUCUCGAGGAGUGGGCACCGAAAAUCCCAGGGACCAACUACAAGGGGCCCAAUGGUCCUGAGAAGCUGGGUGCUCAUCUGAUGGGACGAUGGAAGAGCGGAGCCCCUGUUGCCAAGGCCCUCGAUGAGGACAACCCAGACUUGGCAUUCGAUAACAAGUUCGAUUUCAGGCCCAAGAAGAGCAUCAAAGGCUGUCCGUUUGCCGCUCACAUCCGCAAGAUGCGUCCUCGAGCCGAUAAGAAACGUGACGCUGGGACAGAAGAGGAUGGCGACACCACCGAACUGCCAGAGGCAGAAAGUGAUGAGUCUGAGGCCGAAGGACAAGAAGAGGAUGCUAGUGUCAUCCUCCGUCGUGGUAUCACCUUUGGUCCUGAGCUCACCGAGCAGGAAAAGAGGGAGAAGACGACAAUUGAACAACGUGGGAUCUACUUUACGUGCUACCAGAGUCUUAUUCGGGACGGGUUCAACUUCCUCAUGACACGCUGGGCGAGUAACUCGUCCUUCCCUGAGUACAAGACCAAGACUUUCCCCGACGGGCCGGGUAUGGACCCCUUUGUCAACCAGCGACUCCGAUCCGAUCAUCCCGAGGGACACAUCAGUUUAUAUGAUGGAAGCAAUCCAGACAAGACGGUUAAGCUUAAUCUUGGUAUCAGUCCGUGGGUUGAUCAGAAAGGUGGUGAAUACUUCUUCACUCCUUCAAUCAAGGCUUUAUGGGAGCAAUUUUCAACUGCCAUUCCGGUCAAAUAG